AUGUUUCUCUUCGGUCUGGGGAAGCUGAUUUAUAUCAUCGUCCUCAUCAUAAACGCCAUCGCUAUCCUCUCUGAAGACCGCUUUUUGGCCCGCAUUGGUUGGGGCCGCACACAGUACGAUCCCGGCUUCGGCGCCGCCGUCCCUGACAACACAAGCAUCAAGGCGAAAUCCGUCAAUCUAAUAGCAAGCGUGCGGACGGUUAUGAGAAUUCCCCUCAUCAUAAUCAACCUAAUAAUCAUAAUUUACGAAAUCGUUUUGGGAUAG